AAAAUGUUAGAUUUCUUUAUAUUCUUGCCAUGAAUGAAAUUUAACUAACUAAUUAAUUAAUUAAUUAAUCAUUCUCUUCUUCUUCUUCUUCUUCAGUUAUCAUCAUAGUUUUGCGAAGAACUUCCACUGUUACUGUUGCAUACAGUUGGUGGAAGAAAUGGCUACGUUUUCAAUCGGAACACACUUAUCUAUGUUCCAACAUUCACGGAAUUCUAGACUUUCAUCCCACACAAUUCAAUUUUCGCCGCCACAAUCUCAAUCCUUCUUUACUUCUUCAUCUUCUCCUUCUUGUAGAACCAGAUUUGGAGUUCCCAAUCCCAAGUUACUCCGUAGCAAUGUAUUGGUACGCGCUAAAGACAAACCUAGAGAUUCUAACUCACAAACUUCCCAGCAACAGUUCCAGGAUUUGACAUCAGAAUCUGGAACUUGUGAUCCUCUAUGUUCAGUUGAUGAAACAAGUUCACAAGAUUUUGAGGACAACUACCAACCCAAGACUGAUUUGCUCAAAGCCGUUGCGGUAUUUGCAGCAGCUGCAACUGGGACAGUAGCAAUUAACCAUUCUUGGGUAGCCGCUAAUCAGGAUCUUGCUAUGGCAUUGCUAUUUGUAAUAGGAUAUGCUGGCAUCAUAUUUGAAGAAUCAUUAGCAUUCAACAAAAGUGGAGUAGGACUAUUGAUGGCUGUAAGCUUAUGGGUGAUACGGAGUAUUGGGGCUCCAUCAACUGAAAUAGCUGUUUCAGAGCUAUCACACGCGUCUGCCGAAGUCAGUGAAAUAGUGUUCUUCUUGCUCGGUGCAAUGACCAUUGUUGAGAUAGUUGAUGCUCAUCAAGGAUUUAAGAUAGUUACCGACAAUAUCAAAACCCGAAACCCGCGCCUUCUCCUUUGGGUGGUUGGAUUUAUUACAUUUUUUCUCAGUUCAGUUCUGGACAACCUUACAUCCACCAUAGUCAUGGUUUCUCUGUUGCGGAAAUUAGUACCUCCAUCAGAGUAUCGAAAGAUCCUUGGAGCUGUUGUUGUAAUAGCUGCAAAUGCGGGUGGUGCAUGGACUCCUAUAGGCGAUGUUACCACAACUAUGCUGUGGAUACAUGGCCAAAUAACUACAGUGGAAACAAUGAAGGGUUUGUUUUUGCCUUCAGCCAUUUCUCUAGCUGUUCCACUCGCUCUAAUGUCCUUGACUAGUGAAGCUAAUGGCAAGGGACAGGAUUCCUCCGAUGUUUUGGCAUCUGAACAGAUGGCUCCUAGAGGAAAGCUUGUUUUCUCGGUGGGUUUAGGAGCUUUGAUUUUUGUCCCAGUGUUCAAGGCCGUCACAGGUUUGCCUCCGUACAUGGGGAUGUUGCUUGGACUUGGGGUGCUUUGGAUCCUUACUGAUGCUAUCCAUUAUGGUGAAUCUGAAAAGAGGAAGAAGCUUAAAGUGCCGCAAGCUCUAUCAAGGAUAGACACUCAAGGAGCACUAUUUUUCCUAGGAAUUCUAUUAUCUGUUAGCAGCUUGGAGGCAGCAGGUAUUCUUCGGGAAAUAGCAAAUUACCUUGAUGCUCAUGUCCAAAAUAGUGAACUGAUUGCAAGUGCUAUUGGAGUCAUAUCUGCGAUAAUAGACAAUGUUCCAUUGGUUGCUGCAACAAUGGGAAUGUACGACGUCACUUCUUUCCCUCAAGAUUCUGAGUUCUGGCAAUUGGUUGCAUUUUGUGCUGGUACUGGCGGAUCCAUGUUAGUUAUUGGCUCAGCUGCUGGAGUUGCAUUUAUGGGGAUGGAAAAGGUGGACUUCUUUUGGUACUUUAAAAAGGUUAGUGGCUUUGCUUUUGCAGGUUAUGCUGCUGGUAUUGCCGCGUAUUUAGCCGUUCAUAACCUCAACAUCUCCCUCCCUACAACUCUAGCCGAGGUUCCUUUUCUUUCUGGUUCUUGAAAUUGAGAAUUCAGACUUCAUUUGGUCAAUUGUCACCAAAAGCAGGGUUGUCUCAAAAUCAUGUAUACAAGUCAGUUCGUAGUGCAAGUUGCCAUAGGUUAUGAUUUUUGUCAUGACAAGAGGUUUUAUAUGUACCUAUGUAUGUAUAGGGAGCAUAUCAGCUAUGGUUUUAGGAGGUGAGAUAAGCUCAUCUUGGCCAUCCAUGCAAUGUAAGAUUUAGUGGUUAAGAUUAAUUCAUCUCAUUGGAUUUGUCCGGGAUAUUGUUCCUAUAAUGCACCUCAUGUCAUGUGGGAAUGCUCUGAGAUGUUAGCAUCACUAGGAUUCAACAUUUGAAACACAACCCAGCAAAUGACCUAUUUGCAUACAUAGAACCUUUAAAUGUGAUGCAUGGGAUAUGGGGUAUAAACUAUGUCUAUAGAAUUAGACGUGCUCGAACAAAUAUUCAUUAUUUCAUAUAAAAUGACAAGUUCUAUAUUGACUUGAAAA